GGCGCGCGCCCCCGGAACGCGCGCGGCGCAGUCGGCGCGGAUCGCACGGAGCCGGUCCGCGGCCGGAACGGGGUCCCGGGUGUGCGUGUGGAGCAGGGCUCGGGGGCUCGGCCGCGAUGAACACGGUGCUGUCGCGGGCGAAUUCGCUGUUCGCCUUCUCGCUGAGCGUGAUGGCGGCGCUCACCUUCGGCUGCUUCAUCACCACCGCCUUCAAAGACCGGAGCGUCCCGGUGCGGCUGCACGUCUCUCGGAUCAUGCUAAAAAAUGUAGAAGACUUCACUGGACCUAGAGAAAGAAGUGAUCUGGGAUUCAUUACAUUUGAUAUAACUGCUGAUCUAGAAAAUAUAUUUGAUUGGAAUGUUAAGCAGUUGUUUCUUUAUUUAUCAGCAGAAUAUUCAACAAAAAAUAAUGCUCUGAACCAAGUUGUCCUUUGGGACAAGAUUGUUCUGCGAGGUGAUAAUCCGAAGCUGCUGCUGAAAGAUAUGAAAACAAAAUAUUUUUUCUUUGAUGAUGGAAAUGGUCUCAAGGGAAACAGGAAUGUCACUUUAACCCUAUCCUGGAAUGUUGUACCAAAUGCUGGAAUCCUACCUCUUGUGACAGGAUCAGGACAUGUAUCUGUCCCGUUUCCAGAUACAUAUGAAAUAACGAAGAGUUAUUAAAUUAUUCUGAAUUUGAAACAGCAUAUUUUUAUACCUAAUGAAUCCUAUCUCAUUUAUCUCUUCCCUUGCAUCUUCAUUUGUUUGGGGUUGGUACUUUUUCGGGGGGGAGGGGGGUAAGAAUGAAUGUCAAAAGGCGUAUUUGAAGGGAAAGGUUAAUGUGCUACUUAAACUUAAUUUUAAAAACAAAAACAAAGGCCACCAGAGUGAAGUAUUACAGGAAUAAGACAACCACAUAAUAAGGAUGUGUAAAAUAUUUAUGUUUGAAGUGUUCCCUGUAUUUCCAUGAUUCCUUACGGAAUAUGAAGUGAGCAUGAGGGUACUUACAGCUUUCAGGUGCCUGUGGAGUUGUAAGAACUCUGAUUGUGCCUUGCAUUUAUGCAAGUUCACAUUGGAUGUGAUUUAGAAGCAUUCUCUUUUAUCUCUUUUUGGGUAUAUCUGAAUACUGGAAAAAUUAAGACAGUUAAUUGGUGAGAAGCCUGGUCUACAAAGUAGCCAAAAGUGAUGGAAUUUUAUUCCAUUUGUCUUAGAAAUGCCCACAGUGCUUGUUUUUCCUACAGGUGACUAGCAGCUUUCUCCACUAAAGACUAAAUACCUCUUUAUAUGCUGUAAAUCAUUCUAAAUCAUUUUAAAGUCUCUUAAGUUAACCAGAUGUUUGUCUUUCAGUGCUUUCCCAAAACAAGGUUCCUUGGUAUUAUAUUUUUGUGUGUGUGUGUGUUUUUUUUUUUUAACAUUGCCAUUGAAAGUUGAAAAUACUUGCAUGGUUUCCCCUCCGAACUGAGUGUGUUCUAGCGAGCAUGCCUAGUGCCACUGAGUGGUAAUUAUUUAAAAUUUUUUCUAGGUCCACAUUUUAAUAAUUACUGGGGUAAUAAUAAUCAGUAUUUGUUGGUGUGCUUUUCCAUUUACAAGCACUCGUAUAUUUUACUCAGUGUGACCCUCAAUAAUCUAAUGAGGUAAGUAGUGCAAAUGCUGGAUCUUUGCAGAUAAAGAAAAUGAAACCCAGAAGUUUAUAGAACUGCUUCAAGGUUGUUACAUAGCUAGCAAGGAGAGGAGUUAACUCUUGAACUCAGAUUUGAUUCUCUAAAGUAUCAUUUCCUCUAUGCCUCAGAUUACAGACUAAUCAAAAUUUACUUACAUAGUUUUCAUUAUAGUUUUUUGUUACCCUGGACAUCCUGUCUGUAUGUACAAGAGGUUUCCCAUCCUAUGUGGAAGCAAUUAAUUUUCAAGUUUCCAACAAUUUGUAUAGAGGUAAUAUCUCACUCAUGCUUUGCAUAAAUUAAUUUCACUCAUGUUAAAAGUGUAAGAACCCAGAUGUAUGUAAAAUAAUUUAGAGAUUGAUUAUGUGAUCAUACUUAACAUGACUGUUUCCUACAGUGGGCAAAUAAACAUCCUCAAAGGACGCAGCUACAGUCAGUCACCCUUAAAAGCAGGGCAGACACUGUCGUGACACCAUCAGCAGUGACCAAAAAGGGCUCAUAUUUUCUAAGAAUGGUUUGUAUUAGUGGCUAAUAUUUGUUGUAUAGCGAAGGUUAUACAAAGUUAUCUUACCUCGUAUGAAAUAAAUCUCUGUUUAAUUACAUUAGUGGCAACAGCUCUUGCAUAAGGGCAUGUGUUCCCAUGAAGGUCCAAGGUACAGCAUCUGAAUACUGGACUGGGCUUGGCUCCCAGCUUUUCCAUUAAACUUUUCAGGGUCUCCGUUUCUUUAUCUGUAAGAUGGCAGAGCUGCACUAGCUAACUUAAAGAGAGCUCCUCUUACACCACAUGAGUCUAUAAAAUCUGUUGUGUCUGUUGGGCAGAGAGACUGAACAGAAAAGCACCUCAGUAACGUGAAGACAGGAAGGAAUUAACACAUAAUUCACAUCAAUCUGACUUUCUGUUAGACUCUACAUCUAGAAAAUUUAACUUCAUGGAGUUUGUACAAAUACUAGACCCGGAAACUUAAACUCUGUCGGUGUCACAGCUUAGACCUCGGGCGUGUCCUCACCCAGGACGGCGCGCCAGCAAGCCCGCAGCCUCAGCCCGGCGCAGAGCUGUGGGCGCUCAGCUCCCUGGACGCGUGGACCUGUGUUUGCUGAAGGUGCACGUGGAAGCUUACCCGAGUUACUGCUUAGCCCGUGGCACCCACUCCUUUGGAGUUUGGUGAGGAAGAGGAGUAGAAAGGCCCACUAGCACAGUGGAGAAAUAGUUUUUUGCUUUUACUUAACUAAGGGAAGCCUCUCAGGACAAGAACACUCCAACGUGGGAAUAGGAACCCCAUCUCACGAGCUCACUUGCGGGCGUGCGCAGCCUUGCAAGUUUCCCAUAAGUCUACACUGACAGAGGUGGCCUGUGUCUGGCCAGUAACCAUGUCCCACAUCUACCUGCAUGUCAGUGUUUUCACAUAUCAUAAUAAAGUGUCCACAAAGACCCGAGGCUUCACACUUAGGAAACCUAAGUGUGCUUAGGAACAUCGGAGCCCAGAGCGGGUCCUGGGAACAGAGAAGAACUGCAAGUCGCUGAUCUAAAGUAAUUAUGCUUAGAAAUGAGUUGAUUUCAAGAUGCAGUGCUCACAGGCCCCUCUGCUCCAGCAGUUUAACCGAGACAAGCAGCUCUCAGAGUGUAUUGUGUUGCCCCAGUUCCCAGUUGAUUACAUGUAGUUCUUUAUGCUUCAAGGAAAAUAAUGGAAAACCUGAGAAAUUCCUUAUGGUGUGAUAGGAAAGGGGGUUAUUUUGAGGUUCUGCCCGUGGAUUGAUUGUAUAGCUCUCUGGUGGGUCUGGCCAGCCUAGUAACAGCACUAAGAGAUGGGGCUCUGAGGCUGGAAGGAACGAUUGUCCACUGUUCCAGCUGAAGUUCAAUGGUCACAAGCUUUGGGGGUGUAGGUUAAUCGAGGUGUUAUUUUGUAAUGCUUUGAAUUGACAUGAAAUGAGUUAAUGGGGUAAAAACCAUAAGCUGUAAGCUUUCCGUCUUUCUAGCAGAGAGCCUGUGUACCUUUUAUGUGACUGCCGGAGGUUUAAAGGGACCUGUUUCAAAAAGUUGUUGCAUGUUUUGAUGCAAUUUGGGGAACUUGUUUACUUUACAAAUACAAACUCGUAAGAAAAAAAUUCAUGAGAAUACUGAAGAUAAACAUGUUUGAGGAUUUUCCUAAUUGCAAUAAAUCUUCAGCAUUUUUCUAAUGAAAAUGAUUUUGUUUACAAGUAGAAGUAUGCAUUUUAAAAGACUUUCAGAUUUAUGCUUUUUUUAUGCAAAGCUGCUGAACUAAAAGAAAAUGGAUGAAACCAAGCCUAGUGAACUUGAUCUUUUCUUUCUUUUCCUUUUCUUUUUUCGGUGGGGUGGUUAGGGGGGGCGGUUAAUCACAUCUGUUGUCUUCUCCAGGGACUGUGUGCUCCUGUGCUAGACUGUAAGCUCUUUGAGGGCAGUCUUGUCGGAUUUAUCUUUGUACCUUCCCCAGCGCCUAGCAGAGUGCUCUGCACAUAAUAGGCGCCCAAUAAACACUGAUGACAAAUGAA